GCUUGACGGCAUCGGACUUACUGACCAACCCCAUGAGUCCGGUUGUGGACAAGUUAGCAAACACGCCGUAGCUGAUCGUAUUAAACAAGGAGAAGAAAAUACAGCUGGACUGGCCCAGCAGGGCUGGCCGCGGGUGACCAAGCAGCAGUUGGCUUUAUUGAGGAACCAGAUUGCAGGGCCAGCUAUCGGCACAGCUUCAGCAGCUGCUAUCGGCAAGACCAUCAUAGCUGCCAAUAACACCCAGAGUGCAACUGCGGCUAAGCCCUUCGUCCAGACCCCUCUCUCUGUACAGGAGUUAGUGGUGGCGGCAGGAGGCAGUCAGGUGGUGGCUCGUGCCGCGACUCCUGGACCCUCAGCGUCACCACAGCGUAUCGCCACCACCACUGUCGUCACAACCAUCGCUCAGGCCCCUGCCACUAUGACUACCAAAGGUGAAGCAGGCAGGAGUGACGCGAGUGUCCGAGGCAGAAAUGGCGGCACUGAUGAAGCGUCAGGGUGCGAGUGUGGCGGGCGUGGCAGUGGCGAGCAAGACUGGUGGACUGACCCCUGCUCAGAUACUAGCCCAGGCGGGGGCUGCAAGCACAGGGGCCCGGGCAAGUGGCUGCCUUGGUGAAGACUGCAGGUGGACAACACCUGCCUCUCACGAUUCCCCAGGUUAAGGCCACCUUGGCACCGGGGGUGAAGGCGGCUGCAGCUACCCCGCAGCAGAUCCGACAGCUGACACUGCAGAACCAGCUCUUGGCACAGCAACGCAGCAAGUUGACUGGUCAGAAAGUGGCACAGCUGGGUCA